AGGAACACUUACAGACCACAUUCGAAGCACACUUUACCGGCGGUUAGGGCAGAGGAACACUUACAGACCACAUUCCACACACUUUACCUACAGUAAGGCGGAGGAACACUUACACCGCAUUUCACGCACACCAUUACCUACGGUUAGGGCGGAGGAACACUUACAGACCACAUUCAAAGCACACUUUACCUACGGUAGGGCGGAGGAACACUUACAGAGCAGUAGGGGUUUCUGCCGGGCGACAGCUUCUAGUAGCUGUAGUGUAGGUUGAUAAGUCAUCUCAUUCGCUGCGCUAAGAAAUGUAGGAACGAGGCAAGAAACGGAACAACCAGGAAGCCAAAGGAAAACAGACACAACAGGGAAACUAUGGAAACAGGGAUGUCAAGAGGGUGGCCAUUCAUGACAACUGGCUAGAGACUUGAACUGACCUGUAGGCUGACCAGCUCACAGAGGAGCAGAUUGCUGAGUUUAAGGAGGCUUUCUCCUUGUUUGAUAAGGACGGUGACGGUACCAUCACAACCAAAGAGCUGGGCACAGUGAUGCGUUCACUUGGUCAGAACCCCACAGAGGCAGAGCUGCAGGACAUGAUCAACGAGGUGGAUGCAGACGGUAAUGGAACCAUCGACUUCCCUGAGUUCCUGACCAUGAUGGCCAGAAAGAUGAAGGACACAGACAGUGAAGAGGAGAUCCGGGAGGCUUUUAGGGUGUUUGACAAGGACGGUAACGGCUACAUCAGUGCGGCGGAACUGCGUCAUGUGAUGACCAACUUGGGGGAGAAGUUGACAGACGAAGAGGUGGAUGAGAUGAUUCGGGAAGCUGACAUCGAUGGCGACGGACAGGUCAACUAUGAAGAGUUUGUACAAAUGAUGACGGCAAAGUGAAGCUCUCAUUUUCUCUCCUGACCACCCUUGAAGACAAAAAAUAAAUAAAUCAGUCAAAUGUUUUACUUACCUCUCGCAAAAAUAUUCAUAUAUUCAUAAACACUUCUGUAUAGAAAAGCAUUACUGAAUGUUGAAAAUGAAAAGUCCAUAUAGUGAAUAAUAAUAAUAAUAAUAAUAAUAAUAAUAAUAAUAAUAAUAAUUAUUAUUAUUAUUAUUAUUAUCAUAAAAAGCUAACAGAACUUAUGUGCAAACAAAACUGAUGUGCAUGUUCUGGGUAGGGGUCCUGUUUCUAAUGAUCAGUCAUAAACAUCGGUAUUCAGACCUAAAUCUCCAAAUAACCUUUCAAACUUUGCAAACUGCUUAACUGAAUAUUUGGCUGGGGGCAGUGUUUGAGCUGGCCACUUGUCUUUUACUUUCAGUUUAUGUUCUACAUACAACAUGACAAGGAAUUAUACAGGGCAAAUGAUGGAGGGCAGAGAGGAGUGGUGCAGUGUGGUGUAACACAUUGGGAAGAGUCAAAAUAAGACUUGAUAAAAGGGACCUUUGCAGUUUGCUUAAAUAAGAUAUUUUUAAGGAAUAUGCACUUAAAAGAUUUUAAACCAUGAUUUUAAACUUUCAGCAUGUCUGGUUAUGUAGAGUGUUUAUUUGUUUAUUCUUCUUGAGCAGGGGUCAACGAUAGGGAGUGGGGUCAGUUUUAGGUUGUAACCUUUCACCCUGUAUAGAAGAGCUUUAUUUUCAGGCACGGGUAAGCAGUUGUGUUGUUCACAUUGCUCUCCUGUUUUUAACUCACCUCUGAUCAUGAGUGCAUUGAUUAUAUUCGAGAGCAUGUGGGAGUCUCCUCAUCAUGAGUUUAGUUUACAUUCAUUCCAAGCUGUACAAGCUAAUCUUUUUUUUUUCCAAUAAAAGACCAUGACCUUGACCAUGA